UUUUAAAUUUCUAAUUUGCAAAUAAUUUAAUUUUUCACCAUUCAAAUAAAUCCCGAGUUUUUCCGAGCAGCGGGCGGGCGUACUUAUCAAGCUUUAAUCCCGACCGCACCCGAUCCGAGCAGAAAAUCUCCCGCACCGCUUUCCGAGCAAAAGCGGGUGCGGGGUGCGGGAAAUUCCCGUGAUUUACCGAGCCCGUGAAAAAAACGGGACAUCACUGCUCUCGAAAAUGUCACAUCGGAUCCGUUUGCUAACGUAUCGCACUCUGGUGAGUGCAAAAUGCCAGCAACGUUGUUAUCAUGGAAUGAGCAGCAAAUUUGCUCGCAUCGGAUCAGCUGUUGACAGCCAGUCCGAGGAUUUCCAGAAUAACUCCGAGCGGAUGCAGAAGUUGGUGACACAGCUACGAGGCACUGUGGACCAGAUCGUCAGAGGUACGGAUGAAAAAAGCAUACAGAGGCACACGUCCAAGGGGAAGCUGUUGGUUCGCGAAAGGAUCUCUGCGUUGCUAGACCCUGGGUCGCCGUUUCUUGAAUUUUCUCAGUUAGCUGGCUACAAAUUAUACGGGAAAGAAGACGUUCCAGCUGGAGGAAUAAUUACCGGGAUCGGGCGUGUCUCAGGUACGGAAUGCAUGAUUGUCGGGAACGAUGCCACCGUCAAGGCCGGGACAUAUUAUCCGAUAACCGUCAAAAAGCACCUUCGCGCUCAGGAAAUUGCCCUGCAAAAUCGCUUGCCAUGCAUUUAUCUGGUUGACUCGGGUGGUGCCAAUUUGCCACGACAAGCCGACAUAUUUGCCGACAAAGAACAUUUCGGACGGAUAUUCUUCAAUCAGGCCAACAUGUCAUCGCAGGGAAUUCCGCAGGUCGCUGUUGUGAUGGGUUCAUGUACCGCUGGCGGUGCGUACGUUCCCGCCAUGGCCGACGAGAGCAUCAUUGUCCGGCAACAGGGCACGAUCUUCCUGGGCGGUCCACCCCUGGUCAAAGCCGCCACCGGGGAAGACGUCACGGCGGAGGAGUUGGGUGGUGCUGAUCUGCAUUGUUCGCGCUCCGGUGUGGCGGAUCAUUACGCGCAGGACGACCUGCACGCGCUGCAUCUGGCCAGGCGGGUGGUGGCCAAUCUCAACAUUCGCAAAACCGUAUCGAUGGCGACAGAACGACCGGAGGAACCGCUUCUGCCGAUUGAUGAUCUUUACGGGAUCGUUGGCGAGGAUUUAAAAAAGACUUACGAUAUUCGCGAAGUUAUUGCCAGGAUAGUAGAUGGCAGUCGGUUUGAUGAAUUUAAAGCGAAGUUCGGGGAAACGCUCGUUACCGGCUUUGCCAAGCUAUAUGGAUACCCAGUGGGUAUUAUCGCCAAUAACGGAGUGCUGUUUUCAGAAUCCGCGUUAAAAGGCGCUCAUUUUAUUGAACUAUGCUGCCAGCGGGGAAUCCCCUUGAUCUUUCUCCAGAAUAUUACCGGUUUCAUGGUGGGUCGGGAAGCCGAAGCCGGUGGCAUUGCCAAGAACGGUGCCAAGAUGGUGACGGCUGUAGCGUGCGCCCAAGUGCCUAAGUUCACCGUCUUGGUGGGUGGAUCGUAUGGAGCUGGAAACUACGGCAUGUGCGGUCGCGCUUACAGUCCGCGAUUUCUGUACAUGUGGCCGAACGCGCGUAUUUCCGUUAUGGGCGGAGAACAAGCCGCCGGUGUACUCGCACAGGUCACGAGGGAUCAGCGUGCCCGGGAAAAUAAACAAUUCACAAAGGAGGAAGAGUUCGCGUUGAAGGACCCGGUAGUCAAGCGGUACGAGGAGGAAGGCAGUCCGUACUUUAGCAGCGCCCGAUUAUGGGAUGAUGGUGUCAUUGAUCCGCUGGAUACGCGGAAAGUGUUGGGACUGAGUUUAAGCGCCUCACUGAAUGCACCAAUACCGCCGACAAAGUUUGGAGUUUUUAGAAUGUAGACUUGGGUGAAUGCACUUGUUUAUUGUUUUAUUUUAAAAAUUAGUUUCAACGUUAGAUCUGAGAGAUUAUUGGGAUGUUGGAAGCGACAGUGACCUACUUUCGUCAGUGGAAAUAAAUUACAAAUUAUUUAUGGUAGAGCAAAAGAAAACUCUAAUCUUUAUGGCAGUUGGCUCGCAAAUGUCCAGUACGAUCUUUCAUGUUGGCAUAGCUUAUGUUUAUUAGCAUUUUUAUCCUUGUAGCAAUAACAAACAAAAAUAUCAACUU